ACACUAUUUCACAGCAGGAACAGGAAAAUAAUAUAAUAAUUAUUGUACUACAUGGGAUCUGAAAUAGAGCUGGAACUUGAAGCUAGGGAGCCAAAGUCUGCUUGCCUAUCUCGGCAAGAUGCUGAGUGUAAUGUUUUAUGGUCUGCCGAGGCAUCCAACCAAUGAUAGCAUGGCCAUAGUGGCCCACAAGGGCGGUGUGAUCUUUGCUCUGGACACGCGCAAUGCACAGUUGGAAUAUUUAUUCGACUAUAUGUUCUGCAUCGGACCCAAGUCAGGUGUGGGACGGAGCAUUGCGGUCGAGAUUCGAGCGCAGUUGCUGCCCGACCGGAGAGGUGGUAUUAGUAACAAAGAGUUGGAGUCCCGUAUGAAGCGGGCGCUUGAAUUGAUAGGCGCACGUAGAAGAGAAGCUGUCUAUGCUCCAAUUAUUUUGGGCGGUAUAUGUAACGAUCAGGUGCUUAUCUUCAGUUUCCAAAUAGACGGCACUGUAAUCAGUUCCUCGAAAUAUGCCGCACACGGCUUUAAUUCUGAUCACAUUCUGAGGGCCUUUGAUGCUGCUUGGCGCAACGCAAUGAGUGGUGGCGAGGCUAUGAAGCUCCUAAAGGAUGUCAUGACUGCGAACAUAAGUAAAAUGCCACUCCUGCAGAAAGUCCUUAUGAUGAGCAGCAUUGCGCGAGCUUCCGAUGGAUUUGAUCUGAAGUUGUGUAUCGAGGAUAUGUAGUAUUGUUAUUGAGGCUUUCGCUGAACUUAUCCUGUUCAUUUCUGUUGAUGGUUGUGAGAUUCAUUUUGUACUUAAGAUUUACUGCUUAAAUA